CAAAAAAAAAUCGUAAUAAUCUCGCGAACCAGUGACUACAAAGACUUUCUCUUUCUCUCUCCAUUUUGGCUUGCUCUUCUUUUGCAAUUAAUGAAUCACCCACUUUCCUGCGCUUACUCCUAGCAAUUAUUAUCACCUCUCUUCCGUCUCUCUCUCUCUCUCUCUCUCUCUCUCAAGUCUGGUGCUCUGCUUCUGCUACUUCCAAAGAAAGUGAAAUUUUGCAAACAACAAAGCUGGUUUUGUCAUCGAUCUACGGAACCCUUAAUGGAUUAUAUUUGACCUGAGUUUUAAAGAUUCCCAGUUUUGUAAAUUGAGGUGUAAAGUAGCCUGUGAUCUGAUGUGUGGGAAUCCUUGGUGUGAUAGUAUUUGGCUUGGUUGACCAUUCCAGCAACUUCAUAUAAUUUCACGUGAGAUCUGUUCUGGCUCAAGGAGGAACCUUGUCCUUUAAACUUCAUCAAAUGUCUUCUUACUGGAGCUGAGGAAAUGGGGUGUUGUGUCUCCACUAGUAGUCGGAGUACCUGCAGUACCAGGAGCCGUGGGGAGGCAGUUUCUCCUACGUGUUUUGAAAUUGGAUAUUGUGGGCAGAAGAGAACCAAGAGAACAUUCUCAGAUCGUGUUGUUGGAUUGCAGCAUUUACCCUCGUUACCCAAUCGGAUUUUCACAAAUGGAAAGAGCAGAAGUUCUUGCAUAUUCACUCAGCAGGGUCGCAAGGGAAUAAAUCAGGAUGCCAUGAUUGUAUGGGAAGAUUUCAUGUCAGAAGAUGUGACUUUUUGUGGUGUUUUUGAUGGCCAUGGUCCACAUGGUCACCUCGUUGCUCGCAAAGUGAGAGAUGUCCUGCCCCUUAAGUUGCUCUCCUCUAUGCAUUCUUAUCAGUCAAGGCAAAAUGGGUCAGGCCGUAAAUGUUUCAAGGGGAAUUCGAAGAAAUCAGAUGGUGGAGAUUCUGAGAGGGAUGGCUCUGCUGACGAGGACCGAUUAAAUUCUUUAUGGAGGGAAUCAUUCAUGAAGUCAUACAAGGCCAUGGAUAAAGAGUUGAGGUCCCAUCCUAAUUUGGACUGCUUCUGUAGUGGUAGCACUGCUGUCACUAUAGUGAAACAGGGUUCCAAUCUUUUCAUGGGAUAUAUUGGGGAUUCUCGAGCAAUUAUGGGAUCUAAAGACAGCAAUGAUUCAAUGGUGGCAAUCCAAUUGACAGUUGAUCUGAAGCCUGAUUUACCUAGGGAAGCUGAAAGGAUUAAAAGGUGCAAAGGUAGGGUCUUUGCAUUGCAAGAUGAACCUGAAGUUCCUAGAGUAUGGUUGCCAUUUGAUGAUGCACCUGGGCUAGCAAUGGCUCGAGCUUUUGGGGAUUUUUGUUUGAAGGAAUAUGGUGUUAUCUCUAUACCUGAAUUUUCCCACCGUUUCCUUACGGAGAGAGAUCAAUUUAUUGUCCUUGCGUCAGAUGGGGUUUGGGAUGUAUUGAGCAAUGAAGAGGUGGUUGAGAUUGUAUCCUCAGCGCCUACCCGGUCAUCAGCUGCCAGGAUUUUGGUCGACUCAGCUGCACAUGAAUGGAAAUUAAAGUACCCUACAUCAAAGAUGGAUGAUUGUGCUGUUGUUUGCUUAUUUUUAGAUGGGAAAAUGGACUCAGAAUCAGAUUACGAGGAACAGGGCUUUUCUUCUGCAACCCUUCAGAGUAAUCAUUCUGGUAAUGCAGUUGAAUCUGACGAUGGCCAGAAGUCGGAGCCAUCUUUGCAGAGGAAUUUUACCGUUAGAUCAUCAGAAGAAAGUGAUAGUUACGGAAGACAACCACCAGGAUUUGAAGGAAAUGUCGAUACAGUUGCAGGUGAAGAUCAAAACUGGUCAGGCUUGGAAGGUGUCACACGAGUGAACUCACUUGUCCAACUUCCAAGGUUUUCCGAGGAAAGGCCAAACCCAUAAAUUUCGUAUUGCCUGGUACGAAACUGGACUGGUUUUGUUGUAAUAUUUUGGCUUUCUAGCCUACAUUAGAUCCAAGGAAAGUCCUUGUGAAUUGGUGAUAUUGUGCAAGUGAAUCCAUUGCCACAGCAAUUUGUUCUGUUUGUAUUGCACCGAAGAUUUUAGGAAAAAUGAAAAGCCCUGUCGAAGUUGUUGCACUUGAUCGGUACAGUUCUGCAAAAUAUGAUUCCACUCCCUUUAAAUUAUCCAAAUUCUGGAGGCGAUCAAUCAGUUUGUAUUACCCAUGGUUAAAGCCAGAUAGAAAACUGAACUGCAUGCGGUCUGAAUGUGGAUUUCUGCUCCUAGCGCCUUCUAGCCCUGCCUUCUCUAAUCUCAGCCAAAAAUAUGAAAUGGAUAAAGAAAGAAUGAUUAAUUCAUAUUUUGAAAAUUUCUUCAAAGCCACACCGUGCAAUGAUGAGUUGAACUAGUUGACUAAUUUGGAUGAUCAACUACUGACAUUUCUUGGGCAUUGGGACGUUGAAGAUAUUUCAACCCAAAAGGUACUCAGACGGAGAGCAUAUUCAGAUGUAGAUGAGAUGAACUUUAGGCUACUGUUUUUUUUCAACGAGGUGCAUCACGAUUCACGUGGUUGUCCUACAUACAGGCGCUGACCAAUUAUAGCUGUAGACCCUGAUUUAAACCCUCUGCCACUAAAUUUAUUGCAUUUAUUUCACUGACUCAAAUAGGGGAGGUUCUGCAAUUUCCAUCAGUAUCUUGAAGCAUACUGAAUCAUAAGAAGAAAAGCACAAUUCAUGAUGGGUUUAAUUAAUGUUUUAGAAAAUUCGAACUGUCCAAUCU